AUGGCACCAGUAGCUACCCGCGAGGAAAGCGGCAACGGAAUCAUCGGCAAUGUCGCAGAGUUGAAGAAAGCUCAGGCCAAUAAGCUAUUAGACCAUGAACCUAUGUUCAUAAAUCCCUUCUACUCGCCUAGUGCUGGGAACGAGAACGACGAUGACUACCAAUAUGCCAAGUACAAGCCCCACUUUCCAGUUGUGAAUUGGAAACCGCUCACAGAAAUUGAGGUCACCGACCGCGGCCACCUUGCAGACUCGAGCAAGGCGGCUCUCUUCAGUGCUGCACAGAAAGUGAAACACCUUACACCCACCAUUGGCACAGAGCUCGUUGGUAUUGACAUCCGGCAGCUAACGAAUCAGCAAAAGGACGAACUCGCCCUUCUUGUUGCGGAGAGAGGCGUUGUUUUCUUCCGAGACCAGGAGCUCAACAUCCACGAGCAGCUUGACAUUGCUAGAUACUUUGGACCCCUUCAUAAGCACGCAACGACCCCCGUCCCUCGAGAACCAGGACUUGAGGAGGUUCACGUUGUUUACAAUGACGCUGCACGACGCCCUGAUGCUAGCGCGUUUUCGAAGAUCGAGCUUUGGCACAGCGAUGUGACAUAUGAGAUCCAACCACCGAGUACCACGUCUUUGAAGGUGAUUACUGGUCCCGGGUACGGCGGUGACACGCUCUGGAGCUCUGGUUAUGCUCUUUAUUCCUCCCUCAGUCCAGGAAUGCAGACAUACCUCGAGGGUCUUACAGCUCUGCACAGUGCGGUCGCGCAAGCGGAGGGAUCCCGCGCGGCCGGCCUCCACAUCCGUCGCGAGCCCAUUGAAACCGUACAUCCUGUCGUUCGUGUCCACCCAGUAACUGGCUGGAAGAGCGUUUAUGUCAACCCUGGCUUUACUCGUCGCAUACUCGGUGUCCCAAAAUCUGAAUCCGACACCAUUCUCAAUUUCUUGUUCCACCAAAUCGCUGAGAAUGUCGACUUCCAAGUGCGCUUCCACUGGGAGCCGAAUUCAAUUGCGUUCUGGGAUAACAGGGUUGUCACUCAUACCGCAACUUUCGAUUUCUGGCCUCAAACUCGCCACGCACUCAGAGCUACGCCUCAUGGCGAGAGACCUGAGUCUGUUGAAGACUACGAGAGCCGGACAGGCAAAGUGGCGAAAGAUCGCCAGAUUGAGAUCUGGAAGGAGCGGGGAAUUGAGAUUCCUCAAUCGAAGAAGGGUCCGUCUCGGGCACGCGGAUACAAUGACUGA